AUUUUGAGAGAGAGACAGACAGAGCAUGAAUUGGGGAGGGGUGGAGAGAGAGAGAGACAGAAAAUAUGAAACAACUCCAGGCUCUGAGCAUAGAGCUCAAUAUGGGGCUCGAACCCACGAACGGUGAGAUCAUGACCUGAGCUGAAGUCUAGUGAUUAACCAAAUGAGCCACCCGUGCAUCCCUAUUUCUGAUUAUUUAUUAAGGAUAAAUUUCCUAAUAUAGAGCUUUCUUCUGGGCCACUGACAUGCCAUCCAGACUGGGGAAGACCCGGAAACUUCGGGGCCACGUGAGCCAUGGCCACGGCUGCGUCCGUAAGCACCGGAAGCACCCAGGAGGCUGGGGUAAUGCUGGUGGCAUGCAUCACCACAGGAUCAACUUUGACAAAUAUCAUCCAGGUUACUUUGGAAAAGUUGGUAUGAGGCAUUACCACUUAAAAAGGAACCAGAGUUUCUGCCCAACUGUUAACCUUGAUAAACUGUGGACCUUGGUCAGUAAGGAGACAUGGGUAAAUGCUGCCAAAAACAAGACUGGAGCUGCUCCUAUCAUUGAUGUGGUGCGAUCGGGCUACUACAAAGUAUUGGGAAAGGGAAAGCUCCCCAAACAGCCUGUCAUUGUGAAGGCCAAAUUCUUCAGUAAAAGAGCUGAGGAAAAGAUUAAGGGUGUGGGGGAGCCUGUGUCUUAGUAGCCUGAAGCCACAUGGAGAGAGGUUCAUUAAAUACUAACAACCGCUUUUCUUUUCUGGUCUGGGUGUAAGUUCUUUAGCACCCCUACCUCUCUAUCUGUACAUUGGAAAGUCACCUAACAGACCCAGGAGUAAGGGUAUGAGGGCCCGAGCUCCUUUUGCCGACUCCCCUCAGAAAAUGUGCAAGAGAUAGCACCAGUACUUAAAGGACUUGGCCCUACCUUGAACAUUUAUAAAGUGAGAAUAUUUGUCGAUAGCAUAUUUGUGUAUCUUAGAGUUGAAAGGCCAGUUUUGCAUUGUAUACUCUGAAAAUACAAUGAAUGGGAGAAUAUAAAAAAAAUUUCCUAAUAUGGAAUUGUUGGGUGAAAUAAUUUUAUACAUAUUAAUAAAUUACCCUUCCAAUGACUGUACAAAUUGACAUUUUUAUAGCAUUUUCUAAAAGUUUCGUUUCAUGACAUCAGCAUCUAAUGAUUUAAAACAAAGUACUUAACAAUUUGUAGAGAAAAAAAUAUUUGCUUAUUGUUUUAUAAUGCAUUUGUUCACCAUGACAUUGGAUUCUUUUCGUAUUUGUGCUUGUUUUUUUGUAAUUGUUUAAUUUUUUACAUUUAUUUAUUUUUGAGAGAUAGAGUGAGACAGACUGUGAGCUGGGGAGGGGUAGAGAGAGAAGGAGACAGAGACUCUGAAGCAGUCUCCAGGCUCUGAGCAAACUGUCAGCACAGAACCUGACAUGGGGCUCGAACCCAUAUCAUGACCAGAACUGAGAUUAGGCGUUCGACCGACUGAGCCACCCAGGCGCCCCUGUGCUUGUUUUUUUGUUUUUUUUAAUUUGGAAAUUAUUUGUUCAUAUCCAUUGCAUUUUUAAAAAUUGGUAUAAUUUUUCUUGAGUUUCUUUGUAAAAAUGUUUUAUUUUUUAAGGAUAUUAAACAACUUUGUUCAUAAACGAUCAUUAUCCCAGAGUCCAUUAGGAUUCUUAGCCAGAUAGGUAGGCAGCUGAAUGUUCAUUCUGACAGUUCCUGAGCUCCUUGAACUAAUCAUGUUCCUGGGCCCUCCCAACCCCACAACUCGCCAUUACCCUGAUGUAUCUUAACAUACAAACCACAGAAGAUCCGUGGCCUUUAUCCAGGUUGUUUCUGAGAACUAUUUCAGAAAACUCUGAGAUCCUGGCUGCUGAAAUUGUCAUUCCAGAAGAGUCAAAGAUGACAUGAGUACCAACGGGUACACGUAAAGCUUAGGGUGACCUACUCAAGAUAAGGAACAAGUUCUCCUGACCAAGUUAUUCUUCUGACAGGGGUUUAUUAUAAAGGAUGAAUCUUUAUAACCAUUGUUAUAAAGUGCAUCUUGCCCAAAGGCAUGAUAAUGGAAUGGGGAGCUUCUCCCAAUGGAGAGGUUUACAAGCCUGGGAUUGGGUAGGAGACAGGCUUUGGGAAAAUUGUGCUUGCAGGAGAAGGAAAGAGUUAGUCACAGACUUUCCUAAACUUUAGGAGAAUUUUAAAGAGAUUCGGCCUCAUUACCUCAAUAUUAUUCAGGCUUCUAAUUUUCAUCCUUAUUCCUUUUUUGUCCUGAGUUCAGGCCUCUCACCCACCCCCAGAGAGUGUCAGCGUCUUCUCAUUGUUCUGAGAGUUGUGUUAGUGGCACGAUUGCCCCCUGGAGGCCAGAGAGAGGAGCAGCCGCCUUAAAAUAUUCUAGGCCUGUGUCUCUCAGGGCUGGGGGCACAUUAGAAGAAACUGAGGAGUUGUAACAAAGAGUGCUCAGUCCUGAGCACCUAGACCACUGGGGAGGUGGGGACACAUUCCAGUAUCACCACAUUAAGGUUUAACCUUGAGUAAAACAAUAAGAUGGAAAUGAAAGCAACUGCUCUGAAAUAAAUCUAAACAUAGCCAGAAGCAGAAUCACUCAUAGAAAGUAGCAGGGUAAAUAAAAGAUGUCAGGGGGGUGGAAAAAGGAGAUAUUUUACCUGUAGGUUUACCUGUAUGUUUACCAGUCUGGGAGGUAAUCCAUUUUAGCAAAUCUCCCCCUGGGACUUAGAGUUUGAGUGUGACAGAUUUUUGGUGUGUAUUUGUGAUGUGCCCACGAAGGUGCUCAUUUUCAUCUAUAAGUUGACUGCUGAUUACCCAAGUUGGCCUCCUAAUUCUUAGACCUUACUUUUCACUCAGCUUUCCCUGGGUUCUGGGUGGCUGGAAUAUUAGUAGGGGCCAACAUCACUGAGCUCUCAACUGACACUGGAUCAAGGGCUUGGUUUCAGUGCCAAGACUAGCAUUUUUGAUAGUUCUACUUCAACACCGGCACUAAUUUAAAUUUUAUCUUUUCAAAUCAUAAAAUCACAAAAAUUAGAAUUAAAGGGCCUUUUGAGGUUCCCCAGGCAAACUUCCUUAUUUUAAAGAUCUGAAAAAAAGACAUAAGAGCAUUUUAUAUUUGGCAAACAAAUAAACAUAAAUUAUAGCUACCCUACUUUCGUACCUUCUUCUCUGUCCUCAUUCUGUAAGUUGUUUCUGGGAGUUUCUAUUUCUGGAUGUAGAAACUUCAUGGAUAUAGAAUGGUUGUGGAUAGAUGGAGGGAGGAGAGAAACACCUUGAAAUACCUCUCAGGCCUGUGCCUGAGGGACAGACUUCAAGUUAUGAAGUGACUUUCUGCAUGGUCCUAACUUCCUGGUGUGCAUCAGGGAGGGAAAUCUGGCAAUGUGUUUCUAGAUCCAGCUCUAUCUGCCCUAUAUUAAGGGUUAACAGAAAUCUGGACUUUAAGGAUACUGCUAGUGAAGUCUUAGAAGGAAGUAAAGACUAUGUGAUUGGGAACUGGAGGAGGGGAAUCCAGGUCAAGAGUUGCAGAAAAAUUUUGAAAUUGCCUCCUAUAGGUAUGCAGAAAGCUGAACUCUGUUGUAGAGCUGGGGAGAUUUCAAAGCAAUGUAAGAAGGUUUCACCUGGUUUCUUCUUGCUGCUUUUAAUGAAAUGAAGAGAAGAGAGAUAAAUGGAGGAAAGAAUUGUGAAACAAAAAGGAACCAGGACUGGAUGAAUCUGAAAAUUCUCAAUUUAUUCUAACAGAAAAAGAUGCAAAAAUUAAGAUAGUGUGGCACAAAGAAAAAAUGUGACAGUGUGACUAUAUAAUCUUUGAUCAAAAUUUCAGAAGGAUUGAGGGGUUGGAGUAUUCAGUUGCACAAGGAGCUCUUUCAAGCGGUUUGGAUGUGACUUCCAACCACAUGAUAGUACUUCUAGGAAGCUUAAGAGAAAUGUUCCUCAGCUAUCUGAGCAGGGGCCACAGGUACAGGUUAUCUAGAAAGGAUCUGUAGGUGUGGCUUUUUUCUAAAAGAGUAAACUUCAUUGAAAUCCAUGGUGGACUCAGGAAGUGUUUGAGACAAUUAUUUCAGCAGAAACACUACCAGAUUGGAUUGAAAGUGACAGUGAACAGAAUAAAAGUAGGAGUUCAGUGUCACCUGGGUGGCUCAGUCGGCUAAGCAGCCUACUUCAGCUCAGGUCACAAUCUCACGGUUUGUGGGUUCGAGCCCCGCAUCUGGCUCUGUGCUGACAGCUUGAAGCCUGGAGCCUGCUUCAGAUUCUGUGUCUCCCCCUCUCUGUGCCUCUCUUCAGCUCAUGAUCUGUCUCUCAAAAAUAAAUAAACGUUAAAAACAAUUUAAAAAAAAGUUAGCUGAACCAUUGCCCAUUUUCAUUUUAUAAUAUUGUUGCUUACUCAGUCUUAUUAUACUUGACAAUUCUUGGAAAUUUGUGUCUUAAUCUUUCUUUUGUCCUAGAUAUAUGGCUUGGUGAGAAUAAAGCAAAUGAACGGGAAAUGGAAGACAGACAGUGUCAUAUGUAGGUGAUAAAUACCAUCAUUUAUAUUUUUAUAGAUGCAUCAGAUCUUUGUUCAUUUGUUGAAUAAUUCAAAGUCCCAAGCUUUGAUGCUUAUCUUGUGGUGGAGAUACAUGUAAAAAUAUAUUCCAACAACAUAUAAUCUAUUUUCUAAUGAUGAUUGCAAUGAAAAAUGUGAGACAGGGUAAAGGGGAAGAGGGAAUGUGUUAGGUAGGUACUAUCUAUAUUGCAGUAAAGAUGUCUCUAAUGGGGUGGCAUUUGAGCAGGGAUCUGAAUGAUGGGAUUAAAGAGACUAUUUGAAGCAAGAAUAGUCUAGUAAGAAAAACCCAGAUGUGGAAGCCUGCUUGGGGCACUCAAGGGUAAGAGUGACCCCAGUAGAGUAAGAAAGGUGAAGGAUGAUGGGAAAUAUUCAAUAAACUUGAGAGUCUUCUAUUUGUUAUGAUCUGUGUAAUGUUGGGAAUAUCGAUGUGAAAGAGACAUAAUGUCUGGUGUCAAGAAAUUGAGUAUCCUAGAGGAAGAAGGCAAUAAAUAUAAAAAAAUACAAGGAGAUAAGUGCUGUUCUCAUAGAUAAGUACAAAUUUCAAAGGGAGCCAGAUGAGAGAGACUUUACACUUGCCUAGAAGAUCAAGGAAGGCUUCAGAGAGAAGAAGUCAGAGGACAAUGAGGAGGUGGUGGUGAUGAGGUUGGAAACUCCAAACAAAGAGAAGGGUAGAGGGAAGGAUGGAGACAAGAGAUGUGUUAACUCAUGAUAUUUCCAGAAUUCAGUAUUUUGGUAAUUCCAGGUCUACGUUGGUGACAGAUGUGUCAGGAGAUGAGGCAGCUAAAUGAGAAUCGUAUGUGGGCUUGUGCCAGGCUUAGUCUAAAAAGCUGUGAGAAGUGAAGUAAAAUACCUAAAUCUGCCUUUUACACAGAGCUGUAAGGUAAGACAGUAUCAUCAAUUAAAACAAGAAAUGUGGAGGCAGAAGAUCUUGAAGUAGGGGAGGUGAAAGGUUAUGGGUUUUAGGUUUAUACAUUUUAUAUUGCUCAAGGGUCACCUGACCGAAAGGCUGUGGGCUGUAUACAUAGGUCUGGUGCAAAAUCAAGGUUAGAGGCAUAGUCAUUAACAUAUAUGUAUUAGCUGCAAUCUAGGUGUGGACAAGAAUUAGACUAAGGUGGGAGCCAGGAAAAAAGCAGCAUUAAAAGCAGGAAAUAGAGGAG